AUAAGAAAAUAAAAAAGAAGAGUGAGAAAAUAUCAUUGUUCUACGUGCCACACAACGCUAACUCAGUCCUUCGGUUUCUCAGAAAUUUUUUCAAUCAGAAAAUACUCAAAAGAAUCAACGAGAAUCACAACAAAAAUUGAACGAUUUGCUUCUUCUUUUGGAUUUCAAUGGAUCGAGUUUUGGUGGCUUCAUAUCCAAUCAAUCACCUGAUUCGACCUCACAGUUUCCGAAUCGAUUACUGUUGGAGCACUUGUUUCACUUUCAGGUUGAAUCCUGUUAAAGAACGGCAGAAAUUGAGCUCGAGAUGGCGAUGGCGAUCCAUGGCCAUGGCCUCGGAUUCCACCGACUCUUCUUCUUCUUUCGCUCCGUCUGUAGAAUCUGAUCCUUCUGAUAAAACUUCAGCCAGUUUUUGUAUCAUAGAGGGACCAGAAACAGUACAAGAUUUUGCAAAAAUGGAACUGCAAGAAAUUCAAGAGAACAUUCGAAGUCGUCGAAACAAAAUUUUCUUGCAUAUGGAAGAGGUUCGUCGGCUGAGGAUACAACAAAGAAUAAAAAAUGCUGAACUUGGAAUUUCAAAGGAAGAGCGAGAAAAUGAAUUACCCAAUUUUCCAUCAUUCAUUCCAUUCUUACCCCCGCUGAGUUCAGCGAACCUGAAGCUGUACUAUGUUACGUGUUAUUCUCUUAUUGCUGGCAUAAUACUAUUUGGAGGUCUAUUAGCACCCACGCUUGAGCUGAAGCUGGGACUGGGAGGCACAUCAUAUGAAGAUUUUAUUCGUAGUGUGCAUCUUCCAAUGCAGCUAAGUCAAGUUGAUCCGAUUGUGGCAUCUUUUUCGGGAGGAGCCGUUGGGGUGAUUUCGGCCCUAAUGGUUGUUGAAGUAAACAAUGUAAAGCAACAAGAGCAUAAAAGAUGCAAAUACUGUCUUGGCACUGGAUACUUGGCAUGUGCUCGCUGCUCAAACACGGGAGCUCUUGUGCUGAUUGAGCCCAUAUCGACCUUAAAUGAUGAAGAUCAACCUUUGUCGUUACCAAAGACUGAAAGAUGCCAAAACUGUUCAGGAUCAGGAAAGGUUAUGUGCCCUACAUGUCUUUGUACUGGUAUGGCAAUGGCUAGUGAACACGACCCACGAAUCGAUCCCUUUGAUUAGACAUUAGUUUUGCAUAGUCAAAUUUGUAUCUAUGUAUAAAAUAUAUACAUUAGAACUUGGUACACAGAGGAGUUUACUCCUUCGAAGAGAGGAAAAUGUAAGUCCUUUAUCAUUUUGUAUAAUAUAAGUAUAUCGUAGCUCUAUUUCGUGUUGAUUUGAGCUUUGAUCCAAA